AUGACUAGUCAGGCUCCUCGCUUCUUAAAAGAUAGCCACAUCACUCUGAUCUCCGAUCUCCUGAGAAUCGGAUUGCUGUAUCAUUCGCUCAAUCGAUCCUGUUUAAUCAGGGCUGAAAGCAUGGGGGCACUUAUGUCAAAGUUUUGGUUCAUGAUGUUUCCUGCAAAGGAAUACAAGAUUGUUGUUGUUGGAUUGGAUAAUGCAGGGAAAACAACAACACUGUAUAAGUUGCAUUUAGGUGAAGUGGUGACUACUCACCCUACUGUUGGUAGCAAUGUGGAGGAGCUGGUUUAUAAGAAUAUACGAUUUGAGGUGUGGGAUCUCGGAGGGCAAGAACGUCUUCGAACAUCAUGGGCAACAUACUACCGCGGGACCCACGCGGUGAUCGCGGUGAUCGAUAGCACAGACCGCGCUCGAAUCUCAAUCAUGAAAGAUGAACUUUUUCGGUUACUCCCAAAUGAGGAUCUUCAAAAUGCUGUUCUUUUAGUGUAUGCAAAUAAGCAAGAUUUGAAGGAUGCAAUGACUCCAGCUGAAAUAACUGAUACCCUUUCACUUCAUAGUAUCAAGAAUCAUGAUUGGCAUAUUCAAGCUUGUUCUGCUCUUACGGGCGAUGGGCUUUAUGAUGGGUUGGGUUGGAUUGCCCAAAGAGUUACUGGGAAAGCAACAAGCUAGAGAAAACUCUUUAAGGGCGUAAUCGUCAUUUUGUUGAAUGUUUUAUUGUUUGGAUUAUACGUAAAAGAGACACUUGUGUGCGAUUUGGUUUUGAAAAUUCCUUGGGUAUUGUUUUCUUUUUCUAGGGUUGUGUUUGAUGAUGUGGAUGAAAAUAGUAUUUACGUCUUUUGCACAGAUGAGAGACCAAGUCCAUGUAGACCUGUUGAUCCGUGUCAUGAAAACGUGUUAACCAUAAAUUUGACAUGAUACAAAUACACGAAGAGAAAUAAGCUUUAUCUUAAUUUUCAAGAUGUAUUUGUGUUUGUGUAUUUGUGUCGUGUCACUCGCAGAUUCGUGUCUCGAAUUACCAGGUCUA